AUGUACUGCCGAGGCGUCCUUCCCGCGUUGGCCGAACGGGCGUUCGCGGACGCGCUUCGCGCCGGUCCCGUUCCCGACGCCGCGGUGUGGGAACUCGUCGAGUGCUUCGACGCCGCGGGCGAACCGUGGAGCGCGAAAGCGAACGAAGCGUUGGCGUAUCUCGAGACGAGACAUCGGUAA